GAUCAAAAUGUGAUUAGAUAUAUUGAUAAUUAUAUUAUUAUUUUGUAAAUAUAUAAAAUUAAAUAUAUAUUCUUUUACAUGUCCAAAUCUUGAAUGACAAUUAAAAUAAAACCAAUAGAGUGUUUAUUAAAAUAUAUUAUCUUGCUUAUUUUUCAUUAACCACCCAUUUAUUUUAGUCUUCUCCGUAUCUUUUCUCUUGUUACAUGUUUUCCCCUUUAUAUUUACAUAAAACAAUCAACAUUCUCUCUAGUUUUAUAUCUCCUCUCUGUAACAUCCUGGUUUUACUUGAACAUGUAAGUCUCUAUGUCAAAACAUCCAUGGAGAUCUCUGAAAAUUAGAGAUCACAUCAAAUAACUUUGUUAUACAAAACAGUUUAUUUUUCUUUUGAAUCAUUCAUUCAAAAAAAUACCUCUAGUGAAUGGUAAAUCAUCAUUAGAGCAAAAAAAAAAAAACAACAAUAGAAGAUCAUUGUUGACUCAGGAGCAAUGAGUAUAAUAAUUGUACAUCUCUGUUUCUAGUCAGUUAGAGAAGGUUAAAUGUAAAAGGUAGAAAACAAUCUCUUCUAAUUUUUCUCUGAAAUUUGAGGCCUAAUCCGUUGUUCUUAAAACUAAUGCCUUCACUUGUUUAAGCUUUCUUCAGUUGCUAUAUCAAGAACACUGCUUCUUUGGCUCUGUUGAAGCUCAAUCAAUUGAUAUUCCCUGAGAGCUUCCAUGUUCCCUUAUGCAAGAAUCUAGUCAAGUAACUGAAGUUAUAAACAUCAUGAUUCUGCACCCUGGUUUUAUUUCCAUAUAUAAACCAAUCAGAAUCACACAAAAGGAAAAUAAAAGACAAGCCCCCAAAUAAAAAGAGACCAAAAUAACAUAACAUUCGUUUUUAGAGAGAGAGAGAGAGAGACAAGAAACCAAAAGCUCAAGAGAGAGAAAGGUCAUUCGCCAAUUCCCUUCUCGCUAUUUUUAUGGACAUAAUGAGAGAAGAUGAUUGGAUUUGAUGGAAACUACACUGCGAAAACACGUUUUCUUCAGAACACGAAUCAAAAUUAAGGGAAGGAGAGAGAGAGAGAGAGAGAGAGAGACGAAGAGAAAUCUCUCGGUGGUCUCAGGUUCAGAGAUCUCCGGUGGGAUAUCCCAGCGUCAUCUCUAAUUUCCCGAAUAACCCAUACAACGAAAGUGUUCAUCUUUCGAAGACCAAAAUUCAAACACCAUCCAAAUUUAGAAACUUUCCUAAAAAGUUUCUCUAUUUUUCAUUUGAUUGAUCGAACAAGAUGCAUCCUAAUCUAUUCACAACAAUGCGAACGUUGAAAUUCAUCGAAGGAUGCAAAGCCACGGCUCUCAACCCUCCUCCGCCGCCACCUCCUCCCUCUACCACCGAAAGAGCCGGCGAAAAGCUCUUUCAGCAUCUCCAUGAUCACCUCCGAGUCAACUCGUUCCGUUCCAAAUCCACCCGGACUCAUCCACCUCCAAAUCAAAACGCCGCCGUUUCGAAAAACUCCCUCCUCCCAUACGGACUCCCCAACACGGACCUCCUCGAACCGCAGAUCGACCCUUCUCUCAAAUUCGUAGACUUGAUCGACAAGCUAGCCGAAGUCUACCGCCGCAUCGAGAACUCCUCGCAGUUCGAGAAAGCCGAGGCCUUUCUAGAGCAAUGCGCAAUCUUCCGAGGCUUAUUGGAUCCGAAACUUUUCCGGCGGAGUCUCCGGUCAGCUAGGCAGCACGCUGUUAACGUUCAUACCAAAGUUGUCUUAGCUUCUUGGCUACGUUACGAGAGGAGAGAAGAUGAGCUUAUAGGGACAACAUCGAUGGAUUGCUGCGGAAGAAACCUCGAAUGCCCUAAAGCGAGUCUCGUUUCCGGGUACGACCCGGAACGGGUGUACGAUCCAUGUAUUUGUUCUGGGUACAACGCUGACGUUGAUGUUGAAGAGUGUUCGACGUCAGAGGUAGAUUACGACAUGUCCUUCUGUAUAGGCGAUGAGGAAGUUCCUUGCGUGAGGUGCAAGAUAGCGUCUUUGUCAAUACCUUUUAAGGCUAUGUUAUACGGUGGCUUUAGAGAGACGAAGCGAAACACUAUCAACUUCACGCGGAACGGAAUCUCUGUGGAAGGGAUGAGAGCUGUUGAGAUGUUUAGUAGGGUUCGAAAAGUUGAGAUGUUUCCUCCCAAUGUUGUCUUGGAGCUACUCACAUUAGCGAACCAGUUCUGCUGCGACGAGUUGAAAGCAGCUUGUGACGUGUUUUUGGCUCGUCUUGUUAGUAAUUUCGAUGACGCGGUGUUGUUGAUUGAGUACGGUUUGGAGGAGGCUGCGUACCUUCUUGUGGCUGCUUGUCUUCAGGUUUUUCUAAGAGAGUUGCCUAACUCGAUGCGUAAUCCGAACGUUGUAAAGAUUCUCUGUAGCGUUGAGGGACGGGAAAGGCUGGCCUUGGUUGGGCAUGCUUCCUUUACGUUGUACCUUUUCUUAAGCCAGAUUGCUAUGGAAGACGAUAUGAAUUCAAACACAACGGUAAUGGUGUUAGAAUGUUUGGUUGAACAUGCGGUGGAGACUUGGCAGAGACAGCUCGCUUGUCACCAGUUAGGUGUUGUGAUGCUUGAGAGGAAAGAAUAUAAAGAUGCUCAGAGAUGGUUUAACUCAGCUGCCAAAGCAGGUCAUGUUUACUCCCUUGUCGGUGUAGCCAGGUCUAAGUUUAAGCUUGGCCAUCGAUACUCGGCUUAUAAGACCAUGAACUCGUUGAUAUCGGGUUGCUCAGCUACUGGAUGGAUGUACCAAGAGAGGUCUUUGUAUCGAAUCGGUGAAGAGAAGGUGCUUGAUAUAGACAUUGCCACGGAUUUGGACCCAACUCUGACUUUCCCUUACAAGUUCAGGGCAGUGUCAUUGGUCGAGGAGAGUCAGUUUGGUGCUGCGGUCGCGGAACUGAACAAGAUUCUGAGGUUUAAAGUCUCUCCUGACUGUUUAGAGAUGCGGGCGUGGAUUUCUAUAGCUAUGAAGAACUUUGAGGGUGCUUUGAAAGAUAUAAGAGCGCUUUUGACAUUGGAGCCUAACUUCUUGAUGUUUAACAAGAAAAUUCAUGGGGAUCAUAUGGUGGAACUCCUCCGGUCGCUGGUUCAGCGACGGAACCAGGCUGAUUGCUGGAUGCAGUUAUAUGAUCGUUGGUCUUCUGUUGAUGAUAUUGGAUCUCUAGCUGUUGUUCAUCAUAUGCUGGCUAAUGAUCCAGGGAAAAGCCUUUUGCGUUUCAGACAGUCUCUUCUUCUCUUAAGGCUAAAUUGUCAAAAGGCAGCAAUGCGUAGCCUUAGGCUGGCUAGAAACCAUUCAAAGUCGGAGCAUGAGAGACUUGUGUAUGAAGGAUGGAUACUGUAUGACACAGGCCACCGUGAGGAAGCUCUGGCCAAGGCUGAGGAAUCUGUUUCUAUACAAAGAUCUUUCGAAGCUUAUUUCCUUAAAGCUUAUGCUCUUGCAGACUCCACACUUGACCCUGAGUCCUCAAAGUAUGUCAUCCAGCUCCUUGAAGAAGCACUUAGAUGUCCAUCAGAUGGUCUUCGUAAGGGACAAGCUUUGAACAACUUGGGAAGUGUAUACGUUGACUGUGGUAAGCUGGAUCUUGCAGCUGAUUGCUACAAGAACGCACUAACCAUCAAGCACACACGAGCUCACCAAGGCCUGGCUCGUGUUUACCAUCUGAAAAGCCAAAGGAAAGAUGCGUAUAAUGAGAUGACAAAGUUGAUAGAGAAAGCUCAGAACAAUGCAUCGGCCUUUGAGAAGCGUUCAGAGUAUUGUGACCGAGAGGUGGCACAGAGAGACCUAGUGAUGGCGACACAGCUAGAUCCUCUGAGAACUUACCCAUACAGAUACAGAGCCGCAGUUCUUAUGGACGACCAUAAAGAAAUUGAAGCCAUUGAAGAGUUGUCCAAAGCCAUAGCAUUUAAACCUGACCUCCAGCUUUUACAUCUCCGAGCAGCAUUCUUCGCUUCGAUGCGUGAAACUACAGACGCUAUCAGAGACUGUGAAGCAGCUUUGAGUAUUGAUCCAUGCCACAAAGAUACCAUCAACCUCUAUCACAAAGUACGUGAACCACAGGCAUAGGCAAACCCAUCUGCCAACUUAUAUAUAUCCUAAACUAUGGCGAGAGCUUCUUUCAUCUAAAACCACAUAUACUUGUAUGGCUAUGCCAUUUCAUAUCCAUUACGGAACAUUCCCAUGGGAAACUAAGCCUGGUUCUUUUGUGAUCAAUAAGUUUUGAUAGAAAGAGCUGGGAGCAAACCAAAAGGAGCAGCGACAUAGAAUGUAAAUAUAACUUCAUACUUUGGGUUUUGGGAUUGAUUCUGGUUUGAUGACUGGAUAAGGUUAAUAUAUGAUUAGUGCAGAGUGUGUUCUGCACAAAACAGAACACGAAAAAGAUUGUUAUGCCAUGUUUUGUUUUUAGAUAUCUCACUUCGUGUUGCUUCUUCUUUUCCUUCUUUCAUAUUUUUAAUGUGUUAUUGUGUAUGUAACUUCAUUCUUCUCAUGAUCGUUAUAUUGAUUCUCAGACAACUGAGAUUUUUUCCCUUGCAAAACAAUAAACAUAGAAGUCAGUAAUCAAUCAUCACCAUAGAAAUUGUACACAUAAAACCCAUGUAAGAACCUUCCUGUUUUGAGCACACAAAUUGGACAUUAAAUAAGCCCUAGAAAUAUGUAAGUAGUCGUUUCUUUGUAUUUUGAAAGUUGAAACAACAAUUCCAUAUUUUUAUACCUUUGUUUAAAGUAUGAAAAAUGUACAAUGGACUUUCAAACAACUAGAAAAUUGGGUUGUUCAAACAUUGUUGUUGUUCAUAACAAAACAUAAGCAAAAUAUUAGUAAACAUUAGCAAAAUAUAAGCAAAAUAUGAGUAAACAUUAGCAAAAUAUAAGAAAACAAUCUAAGUGGAAUGCAUGCCCCCACAUAUCGUAUAUGACAUUGGAUGCUAAUUAUUCUAAAGCAGACAUUACAUUCACUUUCCCCAUGCACAAACAUGAAAUUUCCCACAAAAUGUUUAAAACCUUUUGACUUGAAAUCAACUCAACACAUUUGAUACACAGACUUUCUUUCCUCAAAUUAUUUGUUUUCAACUUAAUACAUUACUUAGUCAUGUAGUUCUUUUUUCAGAAUUUUUGGCUAAAAUAUAUACGCAAAAAUAUGUAUUCAUUUAUUCAAAAAUACAUACAAGACAUUGGUUUGUUUACAGAAAAUUAAACUAAAUUACUACGACACAUUGGACAACUGUUUGCAUUCCUUGCAUUCCAACUACGUAAACAAUCCAAGUGGAAUGCAUGCUCCACAUAUCGUAUAUGACAAUAUGACAUUGGAUGCUAAUUAUUCUAAAGCAAACAUUACAUUCACUUUCCCCAUGCACAAACAUAAAUUUUUCCCUCAAAACAGGAAUAUUCCGAGACAUAACAAAACCCGGUCCCUUAAAAUUUGUAAUCAAUAUUCCAAAAUGUUUUACGUAAACAAAAUGUUUAAAACCUUUUGACUUGAAAUCAACUCAACACAUUUGAUACACAGACUUUCUUUCUUUCUUCAAAUUAUUUGUUUUCAACUUAACAUCUACAUUACUUAGUUUUUAGAAUUUUUUUUUAUCAUUCUGCUAAUGUUUGUGAUUUUACAUGUAUAAUUUAUUGUAACAUGUAUAAUUUAUUGUGCUGUGUAACAACGCUUAGAAUUGAGUAAUUGUUUUUCUUUUGGGAAUUAAAAUUGAGUAAUGGUUGACUAGCGAUACAAGUAGAAAGUCUCUAUUGAUGUCUUGACUGAUUAUUUUUUUACGGCUGUCUUGAUUUGAUUUAGCUAAUCAGUCAGCUUAUUUAAAUCUGAAAAUUUUCUUGCAAAAGUGUGGAAGGAGAUGAAUUUGAGAGAUGUGAAGCUUAAUCACCUAUACUCAAAAGUAACCAAAAAUUAUGAUCGAAGGGAACUAUGCUCCUAAUGAUUGUAUAUUAUACUCAGUGAUUUACUGAGAUCAUUUGGAGACAAUAAAACUGUUCUCUAUUAUCUAUAGAUGGUAGUCUAUUCUAAUUUUUUUCUUAAAAAAACAAUACAUGAGAGAUUAAUUAGCAUAUUAGCUCAUGUAAGCAAUAGUGAUAAGCAGUCCUGCAUAAUUGCAUUCAUCAUAAAAGUGUUCGUUUUUUCGUUCGGCAACUCCAUUACACUAUAGUGAAUAAGUAUUUGUCUUUGUUAAAAAAUGUAAAUAACUGAUUUACAUUUUUAAUCUAUUUAUUUAUCUAUCUACCUAUAUUAAUAAAAAAAUGUUUUUUUUCUUUUAAGAGAGACACCUCAUCAAAUAGUUUUACCACAUACUGACAUGUGGCAUCACUCAAACCGUUUUAACGAUUUCAAAUUCUUAAUUGUUUCUUCUUGGGCAUCAUAAUUACAUGUCGUUUAGGCCAGUAGUAAACUGGUAAGUGGACCCUUCUAUCUACCUAAUAUUGUAAUCUUCUACGAGACUCCAUUGUAACUGACUUUGAACUUGAAAAAGAAAGUCAUCGAACCCACAUCUGGUUGGAGAUCGAAGCGUUGAUCGGGAAAUUAGCCUACACAAACCUCAUCUUAUAUAAAUGAAACCUUGAGUGACACCAGCGAUGAGAUUUUUCAACAUUGCUCAAAACAGUUCAGAUCAAAGAACUGGCUUUGUGAGAGCCGAUCAGCCGAACCACGAGUCGAUCUUGAGCUCUCUCUUCCCGAUGACGGUGUCUUUGAUGAGAUGGAAAUCGAAGUUUAUAUGCUUGCAAUCAUGAGUGAGUUUGCUGCGUGGACUUUCAACUUCGAUCACCUUGGCGACACCAUCGGGGAUCUCCAUCGUCUCAGAUGACAAGAUCAUCUUCAUCUUUCGUUAAUGAUAGAACAUAACGGCGAUUGAAGAUGAAACCCUAAAUAAGAUUAUAAAACGUCAUGUGUUUUGUAGGUUUUUUUCCUUUGGUAUACAAAAUGGGCUGAAGAUCAAGUGAAACCUAUACAAAGAAAUUCACUUAAAGCCCAUUAUUAAAAAUCAAACAUCGUUAAAGUCAUUUUGUAUAAUCAAAAUAAUCGGUAGCUAUAUCAUGGAAUAAUACGAAGAAUAUAGUUAUGAAAGUAAUAAUUGUUUCCAUUCAGUUUUACAUGUAUUUUGGAAACAAAACAUUUUAAGCCAUCAAUUAGGAAAUGAUUAGAAAUAUAAAAAAUGGUGUAGCAAGUGAAAAACAUUAGUGUAGAAGGAGGUUUCAAGGAACUAAAAUUAGUGUAGGAAGUGCCAUGAACUGAAGCAGGCAUCAUAUUUUUCGGUUGUUUUAGCAAACAUACAUCUAACUUUUGAAAGAAUGUGAGGUAAAAGAAGUAUAAAAGGUUAUUAACUAUUUUUAUUAAUAUUUUAGAUAUAUAUAAAUCAAGUCGUAGAGAUUGUAUCGUACAGCUAGGAACGUGAAACAACCAAGUGGUCUCAUAACAAAAUCUGGCCCCAGCAUCUACCAAGUUGACCAAGAAGGCCUGCAGCUCAUAUCUUCUUAAAUACUGCAUCCGCAUCAUUGUCUUUUUCCCUUCAAAUAUUUUGCUAUGUUUUUCCAGACAAUCUUAUAAUUUAUGUUUAAGUUUGAAGUAAGGUUAUUUUCUUCCCAAGUCAUUCAAGUACUUAUUGCUUUGCUUUCUAACAAAUACAAAUAAAGUUUUGCUUACAUUUAAAGUAGUAUUAACAUUAUAUAAAAUAAUAUAAUGUGGAGAUUAUAUAAACAUAUUGUUCUGUCUCUAACCAAUAAGCAUGAGUUGUCCAUGCAAAACCUUUUUUUUUUAUCAAAUCAAACUUGCAUUAAUCUUAAAUAUCUUUACACUUCAAUAAAGGAGGAUAUAAAGAGACUAUUGACAGCCAAACAAACAACAACAUAAGAAAUAGAAUGGCAAUACAAAUCACAA